AUGGCCGAAGGAAAACCUAUGGACCCCGAAGCUCCCAUGGCGAAGCAGAUCUCCGCCGUGGAAGACCAGCCCACGGAAGAAGAACGCCGUCUGGACAAGGAGACGCUCAGGCGACUCGAUCUCUUGCUGAUGCCCAUGACUCUGAUACUUUACCUGCUGGCUUGGUUGGAUCGUGCUAAUGUCGGAAACGCACGAGUGGCAGGCCUCGAUAAAGACCUUAAUCUGUCCGAUUAUCAGUACAAGUGUGCCAUCACUGUGACAUAUGUACCCUACAUCCUCGCUGAGCUUCCAUCCAACCUCAUCCUCAAGAAAAUCGGCCCUCGCAUCCUCCUUCCCACCCUCUGCACCGCAUGGGGUCUCGUCACCGUCCUGCAAUGUCAAGCGAAGAACUUCGGUGGCUUCGUCGCCUGUCGUUUCUUCCUCGGCCUGUUCGAGGGUGGCCUCUUCCCGGGCAUCGUGCUCUACCUCUCCGGCUUCUACAGACGCCACGAACUCCAAGUCCGCAUCGCCCUCUUCUUCUCCGCCGCCUCACUGAGCGGCGCAUUCUCUGGCCUCCUCGCCGCCGCCAUCCAACAAAUGGACGGCCUGCGCAACCUCCGCGGCUGGCAAUGGAUCUUCAUCCUGGAAGGCCUCUUCACCGUGUGCUUCGGUCUCUUCUCCUUCUUCAUGCUGCCCAACAGCCCCGCUAACGCCAUCACCCUCCGCCCGCUGCAUAUCGACCGCUGCAUCGCCCGCCUCCAGCACGACGCCAACCACUUCGAGUCCGAAAAGGUCACCUUCAAGAAGGUCGUUUCGGUCCUGGCCGAUCUGCACGUGUGGGUCGCCUGCGCCGUGCUCUUCUGCAGCGGCGUGUGUCUGUUCGGGCUCGCGUACUUCUCGCCGUCCAUCGUCCAGGCCCUCGGCUACAGCAACACCAAGACCCAGCUCAUGACCGUCCCGCCCUACGUCUGCGGCUUCGUCGUCACCAUGAUCGUCGCCUACAUCGCCGACCGCUACCAGCAGCGCGGGCUGUGUGCCCUGGCGACCAGUGCGAUUGGGCUGGUUGGUGCGGCGCUUAUGCUUGUCGGUCGGGGGUUUGGGAUCCGCUACGCGGCGCUGUGUCUCCUUGUCACGGGUAUCUAUGCGUGCGCGCCGUGCCUGAUCAGCUGGGUUCCGAAUAAUAGUGCUGGGUAUAACCGCCGCGCGACGGCUGUCGCGAUGGGCUUCAUUUCGACGAGCAGCGGUGGCGUGCUGAGUACUUGGAUCUAUCCUAAGAGCUCCGCGCCGUACUAUAGCCUUGGUGCCCGGUUCAAUCUUUCACUGGUGGCGAUUGGCAUGGUGCUUACCGUGGUGCAGAUCCUGCUCCUGCGAAUCCUGAAUAAGAAGAAGGAGACGCAUCGGGCACGCAUUCUGGAGGGCUUGGAGCAUCUCACGUAUGAGGAGCAGUUUGAGCAGCUGGGUGAUCGCCACCCUAACUACCGGUAUACUUACUAG